UUUUUUAAAGUACUGAUUUGGAAAUUUCAUUUUUAAAAUUCUUCCCCUCGCCCAGUUUCUUCGAGUCCUCGCAGUGAAGCCAAAUCCAAUAAGGCGGCAAAACGAAGAAGGGAAGAAAGUUUUCCUCUCUUUUCAAAUGGAAUACAGUUUCAAUGGCCGCCAUUCUUUCUGACAAUUCGCCGAGUUUCGUUUGUGUUAAAUCGUGAAACCCUAACUUUCCUUCCUAUUUCAAGGUUGUAUUUUAAGUUCAGAGAAGUGAGGGCUUUGGUGCUCGGCGAUGGAGGAGCCGGGACAGCUUAAACGUGCCUUAAUUGAUUCAACUGCUGGGGCGGUUGCCGGUGCCAUCUCACGCACAGUUACUUCCCCUCUCGAUGUUAUUAAGAUCCGAUUCCAGGUUCAAUUGGAGCCCACAACUUCAUGGGCUUUGCUGAGUGAAAAUAUGUAUGCAGCAUCAAAAUAUACUGGAAUGCUUCAAGCAACAAAGGAUAUAUUUAGAGAGGAAGGUUUGCCGGGUUUCUGGCGUGGGAAUGUCCCUGCUUUACUUAUGGUUAUGCCAUACACUGCCAUACAAUUUACAGUGCUACACAAACUAAAAACACUUGCAGCGGGCUCUUCUAAAGCAGAAAAUCACAUCAAUUUGAGUCCUUACUUGUCCUAUCUGAGUGGAGCAUUAGCUGGGUGUGCAGCUACUAUUGGAUCUUAUCCAUUUGAUCUCGUACGGACAAUAUUAGCUUCACAAGGAGAACCUAAGGUGUAUCCAACCAUGAGGUCUGCAUUUGUUGAUAUUGUCAGAACCCGUGGCUUCAGAGGAUUGUAUGCUGGAUUGUCACCAACUCUGGUUGAGAUUGCUCCUUAUGCUGGUCUACAAUUUGGCACCUAUGACACAUUUAAGCGCUGGACUAGGGCCUGGAACCGGAGCAGAUCUUCUAGCACAAGCUCCGCUAGUAUAGAUGACACUCCUUCAAGCUUUCAGCUUUUUCUCUGUGGGAUAGCGUCUGGGACAUGUGCUAAACUUGUCUGUCAUCCACUUGACGUCGUCAAAAAGCGAUUCCAGAUUGAGGGAUUGCAGAGGCAUCCAAAAUAUGGUGCUAGAGUCGAAAAUCGUGCUUAUAAAAAUAUGUUUGAUGCAUUACGUCAAAUAUUGCGGUCAGAGGGUUGGGCUGGUCUUUACAAGGGAAUUGUUCCAUCAACUGUCAAAGCUGCACCUGCAGGAGCUGUAACAUUUGUGGCUUAUGAAUUUGCAUCGGAUUGGUUAGAGUCUAUUUUGACUUGAUUCUAACUUUAUUUUUCGGUUCAACUGUUUGUAUUAGUCUCAUUCUUUCUCAGUCAAUCUUAAAAGGCCCUCUCGUAGGAAAGAGGGAGAAUCGUGUUACAUUCUUUUUCAGUUUACAGGCCAUUAGCUUUACAGUGGUAGAGUCUACAAUAUUUGAGGUUAAAAGUGAAUACCUAGAGAAAAGCUGAUUACUAGUGAUAUGUACUUCAUAUGGGGUUUAUAGCGGAAUUAUAUUACAUUUGAUAAAUCUACCAAAUUAAUUAAUAAAAAUGUUUGGUGCCAUUUUUCC